AGAAGUUUGUGACGUCAGUUCCGUUCGUGGGUUCGUGUCCUUGCUAAAUCGGAGAUGGGCUACUGGGAUAUACCAGAGGGCACCAACUGCGUGGAAAAAACAUGGGUGACCACCAAACUAGGCGCAGCUAUAGGCCUGGUUGGUUCAGCCUAUCACAUCGUGGGGUUCCCGCCUGAUUCUGCAUUAGAUGCACUAAAGAGGGCUUCAAACGCAACCGUUACCAUGGCCACCAUGGGAGCCAUUUUUGGGAUGGCGACUUGUCUCAGUGCUCAGGCUCGUGACGCUCCAGAUGACCCCGUGAACUACUUCAUUGGAGGCUGCGCCUCCGGGAUCUUUGUAGGAGCCAGAACCCACAGUUUUUCGACGGGGACCACAGCGUGUCUGGGUCUGGGGACGAUCGCUUGGUUGACAAAAAUCGGCAAGCAAGAAGGCUGGAGGCUAAGCGGACCCCCGGAACUGUGAAGAGGAAGAUAACUGUACAUUUAACUGUUGUAAAAGAAAUAAAAUUAUUGAAAUCUACAAUAAAGUAGCACUUUU